AUGCCUCUGGGUGGCUUCAGACUUCACGACCUGCAUAAGAAACAAAUGAAAGAAAGAGGAUGCCGGGGACCGUCAGACUAUGACCAGUCAUCGGUGGCUGUCGGCGUUGCCAGGGAGAAAUGGGCUCAGUUCCUCAGCACCAUUGAAACACAGGAUACUCCCGGACGGGCCUUCGGGUUGACGCCUGAGGCUGAUACAUGUCCUGCGGCUGGACCUUCCGAAAUCGGGUUCAACCAUGGCAAGGAAACUGCUCCUCUCCCUGGACCAAGUCCAGUACCAGCAAUACCCUCGCCCCCCGUGUCGAUGCCUGGUCGCUGGUCCCGAUCAUCCUCCGCCAGCAGUGGCCAGUCGUGGCGCACUGCCACCCCAUCUCUGCCCACAUCUACAUCUCCACGACUUGGCCAGAAGCCAGGGUACGGCGUCCUGGGGCUUGGAAGUGUCUUGCACCUUCCAGACUAUGUAUUUGACAAGAGCUCAAUCAUCUUUGGGCAGCUUCUGCACGGGGACCAUCCAUUUGGUCACCCCAUAGUAGUCAGCGGGAAGUGGGUGGAAGGGGGCGUAGAGUACGUGAAGAUGCGUAUCUGCACCACGUUCGGUGGGCAUCACAUCAUGGACUCCGAGGACACCCGAUUGAUGCGGUUGUACGAGGCGAGUCGCGCCAGCCCUCUCUGGCACUCUGGCGGUCUCAAGUAUUUGGUCCAGUGGAGGGGCUGGGGAAAUAUGCACAACGUCUGUUCGUGCUUCUGGAGAACGAUGGGGACAACGUCGCUCAUGAUAGCGGCGCUCCUUCUCCAUGCUGGAGUGGAGGGGGAGGAGGCUGUAAUCGAGGACUUUCUCCAUGAGCAAGUGGUAGUGGUGGCCAAUGAUGAGGAAAUGGCAUUAAAUGAUUGA